AUGGGCGACCGCGAAGGUCAAUCGGAUUCGAAGUUCAAAGGUGGGAUCGGCCGGAAUUCACUAAUAAUACAAUUUAUAACUCGUAAUAACUCGCCUGGUCGACAUCCCAUCGCGUUGAUUUUUUUGAUUAGUUAUUUUGACCAUGUUGACCCACCUGCACCGGGAGACUCGAUUUCCCACAGACCCCCCGGACCUGUGGGCACUACACCUCCCCACCCUGAGGGUCGAUCUAACUCUGCCCACCCCGGACACCACCAGAGGAUAUACUAUGUUAUAAGACAAACACACAAACAAAUCGUGCCUAAUUGCGAGCGAGAAAAAUUGUAG